AUGGUGUUGCUCACUGCGGAACCGGCCAUCGGGGUGUCCUGGAGCGGCGGCGACGUGGUCGUGACGUCGGCGAGCCGCGUCGUCGUCUUCGCGCAGGAGGCGUCGGGCGCCUGGGCUCCGGCGCGGCGGUGGGCGGCGCCCGGCGGGAGCGCCUUCGCCGCCGCCGCGGUGGUCCAGCGGCGCGCGCGCUGCGUCGUGUGCGCCACGGACGCCGGGUCCGUGGUCUGGGCGCCCCUCGGCGCCGAGGUCGCCUGGGCCGAGGUCGCCGCGGCGCGCGGCGCCUGCGUCGGUCUCUUCGCGUCGCUGCCGGCGGCCGGCCUCGAGGACGUCGCCGCGGCCGCGCUGGCCGACGGGCGCGUCGUCGGAUUCCGGCCCGGCGCGGGCGGCGCCGUGGCCUUCCGCGUCCCCGCGGCGCGCGCGCCC